AUGAGUGGGGACGCUCGCAGCGCCGACCACGCCCAGCUUCAGGACAGACCCACUUCGAAAGUCUGGGGUAAAAGCGCCACCAAAGCUACUCAGCUUGCGGACGAGCUCCGACAGCUGUUCGGCACAGCUGCAAUUCUUGUGUUGAGAGUGGUAGAGACACUCCAAGCAAGAGCCCAGGUCAACCCAGAACUCAUCACUCUGCUUCACAUCCAACAAGCGGAGCUGCAAGGUACGGAAGUCGACGCCCGCGCCCCUCGACCGUGGCUUCAGGAUCGGACCGACAUCUGCUUGACGCGCUCCCACAAGUACACUGACCGCGACCAUGCUGGCCUUGCCGACGGGUCCGCUCACCCUGAGGAGCACCUUCCUCGAUACUUCGCCAAGUCAGGUCAUGCCAAUGAGGACCCCAACAAGACCAAGAAGAACGGCGGUGGUAAAGGCAAUUGGGGUCAAGCUGGUGAUGAGGUUGAGGAUAUGAGCUACAACAUAGCCAAUGCUCGUCGCCGAAGCAACUCCAGCACGAACCCCACUCGGGACUUCAAGACCAAGUUUGAGACCAUCGAGCCUGAGCCUGUCUUUGAGGAGGAGCUCCAUGGCCCCAUGGGCGCUGAGCUGGACAAGGAGAGCACCACGUCUAGCUCCAACACCGUCGAGGAAGAGGAUGCCGUGAAGAAGAUCUAA